UUUCUCUCGUUCAGCUGUUGAGAAUCGUACAUCAAUUUUACACUCCUCGCAUCUCAUCCUUUUGCUGCCAAAAGGAAUUAACCACAAUUUGAAUAAGAACCAGCAAACGACACAUGGGAUACGUUGGGUAUGCGCGCUAUGCGCUUAAUGCGACAGUCGUCUUCCUGGCAAUUUGGGCCGGUCUCUAUCUGCUGCUGACAGGGCGUGGUGAGCGGUUCAACGUUGGUGGGUACCUUCUCCGCAUAUCGCCGUACAUGUGGAGCGUGUACGGAAUCGCGCUCUGCAUUGGCUUGAGUGUGGUCGGAGCUGCGUGGGGUAUCUUCAUUACGGGCUCGAGCAUACUCGGCGCAGCUGUGCGGACCCCGCGCAUUGCGACGAAGAACCUGAUCAGCAUCAUUUUCUGCGAGGUUGUGGCCAUCUACGGCGUUAUCAUGGCCAUUGUGUUUUCGGCGAAGGUGUCGGCAGUUGCGUCGAGCAAGGGCUUUGCUCCGUCGGACUAUUACACUGGCUUCUCGCUGUUCUGGGGCGGCAUUGCUGUAGGCGUGUCUAACCUGAUCUGCGGUGUCGCUGUGGGUAUCACUGGGAGCAAUGCUGCUGUCGCCGAUGCGCAUGACCAGCAGCUGUUUGUCAAGAUCCUGGUUAUUGAGAUCUUUGGCAGCAUCAUUGGCCUGUUCGGUCUGAUCGUCGGUCUGCUGGUGACGGGCAAGGCCGAGGACUUUGUUGGUGCCAUCUAAACACGCCAGCACGACCCCUCUGGAUAUCCUCUUAGUCUUCCCCUUCUCAUUGCUGUUUUUCCAAACCAAAGAUAUUAUCAACCACGCGGACUAUGAUCCUGGAGAGCUGAGCCGCGAGCCGCGAUGGCACCUGUGAGC